GCAUCACCGAUGGGUUCCUGAGGAGCUGCUGUCUGCGUGGCUGUGUAGCGCCAGCAGGACAGUGACGUAGACGAUGGAGGAAUAUCUCGUUAACGUUCUUAGCAUACUAACGAUAACUACUGAAAGUAGAUCAUGAGGUGCAGAUCACCUUCAUGGGCUGACAUUGGUUCUGAAGAUGAGUUUUACCUGGUGAGAACGAUGGAGAAACCCAACAGAUGGACCAUGAGUUUACGUUUAUUAAUCUGUUAUCGCCGUAUUUCACAAACUGAGGCUGAAUGACAUCAAAUUAACUACUCUGGAGUUACAGAGAGCAACACAUGCAAUAAACUGUGAAAACUGUUAUUUUUCAUGGAUCUUGAGCUCUAGCCCAGCUGCUAACACGGUGUAAGACACUGGAAUAGUCUGGAAAAUUUAAAGAACGCUUUUCCAGGCCUUGUCUUUGUAAAGUGCCUUGAGAUGACAUGUUUCAUGAAUUGGCGCUAUAUGAAUAAAAUUUAAUUGAAUUAAAAAACUGUAUGAGUUUGUAUGCACAGCAUGCAGAAAUAUGAAGAGAUUAUCAGUGUGUAGAGCCUUCGUCUCCUCUGGGUCUCACUGGUCCACAGUGGUCUACAGGCUACGCUUACUUAUAGGAUGAACUGCUGAUCAUACAGUAUACCACCAUUAUUAGAUGAAAUGUUCAGUGCUGAACUAGACGGUAUAGAUGCCUUAUAUGCUGUUAAAUGUCGCCAAUGAAUAACCAACCUCCAUCUUUCCCUCUUCCAGCCCCAGUAAUCUGAUGUUCUUUCAGAAAGUCCUGUUAUCCUGGUUGUUAAUUCGGGUCCAGAGUUGCUCGACUUGUUUAGGUAGCUUCUUUAGCUAAUUUAGCCACACCUCACCGCACCACAUGACUCCUCACCAGCUGCUUACCCUAACCCUGAACCCUUCGUCUGGUCUCCUUCCCCUGAGUUUGUCUGGGGCUUCCUGCUUCCAUGACUUUUUGGCUGUCCAGAUGUUCCUAAAUCACCUACUGAUCAAAGGUCAAUGAUGUCAUCCAGCAUCCUCAACGGGGGAUGAGGCUGAAGCUCAGCGGCCAAAGCUUGUCCUACCUGUUUUCUGGUGCCCUGUGACUUCAACUGGCUGUUAUGGUGGGCGUGGUGGCAUGUGGCUCGGUCAGCUCCAUCAAAGCUCUGUGGGAGACGAGGAUCAAGAGAGGAAGGGAGGAGGAGGAAAAGAGGAGAACAUCCAGAACCGGGACAUCAAGCAGACUGGGCGUCCAGGUCUGGGAGGACCGUGCGGUUCUGGCUCGGCUGAAGGAAAAGCUGCAGACAGAAGAUGGCAGACUGGUUCUCCGGAUUGAACAAGAGGAGUGGAAGAGCUUGCCAGGAGCCCUGGUCCAAUUCAUUCAGGUCCAGGAGUGGCAGAUCCACCGGACUGGCCUGCUGAAGAUUCCUCAUUUCAUCUCCAGCUUCCAGAACCUUCUGGUUCUGGAUCUGUCCCGCAAUGCAGUCACUGAGAUCCCAAAACAGAUUGGGAAGCUGACCCGGCUCAGAGAACUGCUGCUGAGUUACAACAGAAUCCGGGUUGUCCCUGAAGAACUGAGUGGAUGUGAGAGUCUGGAGAGACUGGAGCUCGCUAUGAACCGGGACCUCCACAAGCUCCCAGACCAGCUGAGGAACCUGAAGAGGCUGCAGCAUCUGGACCUGUCCAUGAAUGACUUCAGCUCCUUGCCUGAUUGUGUGGUUGCCAUGCCAGGGCUGGAGUGGCUUGACAUGGGAGGGAACCGCCUGCAGCUCUUACCUGAUGAUAUCCACCGGAUGGAGAAGCUGCACACGCUGUGGCUGCAGAGGAACGAGCUGGAAAAACUCCCAGAGAACAUCAGCAGGAUGGCAAGUCUGGACACGCUGGUCCUCAGCAGCAACAAGCUGAGAGACAUCCCAUCACUGAUGGAGGACAUGACCAACCUCAGCAGGUUUGUGAAUUUCAGAGACAACCCUCUGACCGUGGAGGUGAGUCUGCCUGCGAGGAGGAAGGCUGAGGACGAAGAGGACGAAGAGGACGGAGAGGACGACAGGGAGAUGUUUGGGCGGGACUUCAUGCACCUGUACAUCCAGGAGGCCAGGAAGAGAUCGUACGCCGUGCUCAACAUGCACUGCGUCAACCAGAUCGAUGAAUAAUCCCGUUCUCCUGGUUCUGGACCUCUUGGUUCCUCUCACUUCUACAAAGCAGGACACGAAGGAGGACUCAGAUCUUUAUUUGCAGCUGACAGAAGAUCCUUCACAGCGGACUGGCUCAGAACCAGAACACAUUUGGAUCAAGAAACACGCAGCAGAAAACUGAAAUGUCCAAGAAACAUUUAGCUGAUAAUAAAACGGAUUUUAUAUAAAG